AUGGACACAUCGUCAGCUGAAGUUGCUUGCUCCCUCGACACAAAGGACGAGUCCGGACUCGCUUACAUGUCGCCCAGCUUGACAGCUACAUCUGAAGCUUCUCUUUGUGGUAAACCUGCUCCCAACGGCCGGGGACCGCAGAAACCGAAGCAGUCAAAGAGUCGUAACGGAUGUGUGACAUGCAAGUCAAAAAGGCUUAAAUGCGACGAGACGAAACCUACUUGCCAUCAGUGUCAAAAGCGGAACGUUGUCUGCGGGGGAUAUAAGAAAGAUUUCAAAUGGAGGUCCUUCGAAGAGUCGAGUUUCACUGGAAAACCGAAACCAAAAGUCAAGAAACAUGACACCGGAGCACUGGGGGAUCCGUGCAAACAACCGCCGGCCACCAAAAGCGCCAGUGGCCCGUUCAUUAAUGUCAAUGCUCAAAAUAUUCCCCGGAAGUUAUCUCGGUCGAUGAAUGGACCCUCGCCGGCCGGACGUAGCGAUUCAAGCUUCGAGUUGCGGGUAGCGCCUUUGUUAGAGUCUUUGGAUAUUCGUGGAGAUGACACCAAGCAUAGCAUUGCAACAUGUGGCCCAAGCGAUCCGUUUCUCAGCAUAACAUCCACCCUUACCAAAGGAGCCCUCCCUGACAUCGGGGGGCCCUGUACUCUGGACCUUAUAUCGGAGACACAAGCAAUCAAAUCAAGAUCUAUUUCCCCACAGAGUAGCUCCGAAGGCAACGAUAUCGAAGAAAUAAUUAGGGAAGACGACUUCGGUGAGGCUACUGGCCUGAAGCGAAAACGUCAGAGUCCGUCAGUCUCGGACUCUCGGGAACCUGGAAUAUCCAUUCCUGGACAAAUCGAUUUCCAUGUCGACAGCGCCGAAAUGCUUCUUACCAGGUUUGACCGACGCACCUGUGGCAUACUGUCAGUUAAAGACGGCAUGACUGAGAAUCCAUGGCGGACGGCGGUGGGCCCUCUAGUCCGGGAAUCUCCUGCACUAUUCCACGCUGUAUGUGCCCUGGCAGCCUUUCACUCCACCAAGGAAAACCCCAUCUAUAAAUACCUUGGUAUGGACCACAUGCGGCAGAGCAUUCGGACACUGGCUGUCGACAUAGAGAGUAUGAGAACAGAUGCGGCGCUGGCAACGACGCUGGCCCUUGCGUUUGCAGACACCUGGGAUAGACAUGUCUCGACUGGCGUACAACAUCUUCGCGGAGCCAAAGUCUUAUUCAAUCGAGCUGUUGUUGAACAAAGACACAAUCCGAUAUCGCAACGUGAUCAAUCCCGCCUAACGUUCUUGUACAAUAGCUGGAUGUACAUUGCAGUCAUCGCCCAGCUAACGUCUCCCGAGGACACUGGGUUUGACGAGAUUCCAUUUCCCCCUUCCUUCACACCGCGUGUCCAUGACGUCGACCCCCUGAUGGGUUGCGCGGCGACACUGUUUCCACUAAUUGGUCGCGUUGCCGGGCUAGUCCAAAAAGUCCGCAAAACAACUACUAAUUCAUUUGCCAUAAUAUCCCAAGCAAUCGAGCUCAAAACGCUCGUUGAGCAGUGGACUCCUCCGAGGUAUUUCAAUCCCCCAGAGGACCCCACAUCCGAUGUCCAGCACAGUUUUCAAACUGCUCAGGCAUAUCGCUGGGCUACUUUGCUUCAUUUGCAUCAAGCAGUUCCCGAAAUCCCAUCGGAAUCUGCAAGUGAGAUAGCCAAGCGAGUUCUUGUCCUCCUCGCCACUGUCCCAUUGGGCUCACGCACAAUAGUGGUUCAGAUAUUCCCUCUUCUGGCGGCUAGCUGCGAAGUCGAUAGUGAGGAAGAUAGAAAAUGGGUAAGGGAGCGUUGGGCAGCUAUGCAGCAACGGCUGGCGAUUGGCAACGUUGAUCGAUGUUUUGAAGUUGUUUAUGAAGUUUGGAGACGCCGAGACGCCCAUAGCGCAGGUAUGCCGGAUAAUCAACUUGACCCAUAUAUAGUCCCCUUUGAUACGUCGGGAAUGGGCAACUGUAGUCGACAUGACAGUGUUAUGGAGCCACUCAUCUUCGGAGAAAAUCCUGUUCACGGCGGGCAGGAUUCUUAUGAUAUCAUCAAUGGUGAUGAUACUCGCAUACUCACAACCAUGCCGCUUAUCGAAUCAUUCCCGCCAAUUUCUUCGCCAACUCCGACGAUGCCAUCGCACUUUCCCUCCCGAAAUGGAUCCGCAGACCUGGGUGUCAAUGGAAUCGAGUACUCAAAAACAGCUCGAGGGAAGUCGCACUGGCUGAGUGUGAUGAAUGACUGGCGUUGGGAAGGUAUCUCAAACUCUAUCUCCUAUCUUCCGCCGAAUUUGGCCCAUUGGUGA